AUGGCGACCUCACCACCAAUUCCCAUUCUCACUAUUUCCCUUGCUCAGCAUCUCCACGGGCACAGUAUAAGAAAAACUCUCAAGGAACAAUGGUCCAAGACAAGAGUUCCUGCCUCGACGUCGUCUCGCUUCGCCAACAUCGGCUUUGACCUCGACGCCCAAGGCACCAACCUCAGCGAACUUGAGUCGCGACUAAGAGAGAGGCAGUGGGGCGGAAUAAUCGUCGGGUGGUGUUCACGUGGUAACAUUGAGUUUACCGAGCUAUUCGAGGCUGUCGUUGGUGUCUGUGUUGACUACAGUGUCGAAACAAAGAAAGGCGAUAUAUCGCAGACAGAACCCAAGCUGAUCUUCUGUCGCGGACCAGACGACUUGGUUAACGCGACACUGCGGCUCCAAUCACAAUCCCCUCACUACAGCAGGCUUGAGCCUGUUCGUCUUCCGUAG